UCACUCUCUUCCACUCAAUCAGUUUCUCAAACAGCAACCUUGCAAUCUGCCUUUAAAUAGAGUGCAAUCCCUCCCCUUCAAUGAGGCACCCCAAGUUCCCAUAACCCUAAAAAAACCACUCCAACCAUGCCUUCUACCAAGCAGCUCUCAGCAACCCUCCUCAUCUUCUCAAUCCUUUUCUACUCAUCCACAUUCUCCAUUGCUUGCGGCACAUGCAAGCCUGCUCUAGCGCCCGCGCCUAUGGCUGAAACCUGUCCUAAAGACACACUGAAGCUAGGGGCUUGUGUGGACCUUCUAGGACUUGUCAACCUCCAAAUCGGAAGCCCGCCUACAAGUGGUUGCUGUGCGUUGCUUGAAGGGUUGUCCGAUUUGGAGGCUGCUAUUUGCCUCUGCACUGUGAUCAAGGCCAAUGCGCUAGGGCUCAACAUGGAAGUGCCAGUAGCUUUGAGCUUGCUUGUUAGUGCCUGCCAGAAAACAGUCCCUCCUGGCUUCAAAUGUGAAUGAGAUUUGGGAGCUAAUCACAAGCUCUUUGAUGUGUGGAGUACAAUAUUGUUCAUGUGUGAUGAUAAUGUUGCUAGUGUUGGUUUUUUAUACUCUUUCUUUUGCCAUGGUUGUUCCUAUUUGCAGGCAAGCAUGUUUGCCUGUAUGAAUAAUUAUGAAAAGUUGUUGUUGAUGUAAUUUGGUGCUAUGAAUUAAUGUAUUUAGCUCAUGAUUUAAAUCUCAUGGCAUGUUAUUUUAUAAACUAAUUAGUUUA